UCGGCUGCAGCGCGAGAGACGAGAUGGAUAGUCUCUGAACGUUUGCGAUCAUUCCAGUGGUAGAUUAUAAUGGUUGAGAGCUAUCCAAAACAACACUGUUGUGAAUUCAUUAUAAUGUGCCAGUUUAAACGUGUGUACCUUACCUCAUUGAGAUAAAAGUUAGUAAAUUUUUUAUUACCAGAAUGGAUAUGGAAUGGUCAUGAAGAGCGCGCAAAGGAGUCGCAUUGAUUGAUUCAUCGGUUCUUGAAUAAAUCAAGCCUACAUUUUGGGAUGUUGGCUGCUGGCUCUGGCAGACAAUAACCUUCCACGAGUUUUAAAGAGAGGACAGGAGACCCCCUUCCUUCAUCAGCAACAGCAGGACCAGGAGAAGAACACAUUCAGCUGAGACCUUGAAAGUUUGCCAAAUACAAACCUUUAUAGGCUAUAUACCAUCACAUAAUGAUAGGGGAGAGUGGGGUAAGUUGAGCCAAUGGGGUAAGUUGAGCAAAAGGGGUAUGUUGAGCCAAACAGGUGAGCUGAGUCAAAGGAAUAAGUUGAGCCACCUUUGUUUAUAGGAAACCAUGCACAGAAUUAAUCAUUUGACCAAAUAUUUAGGAAGAGGUCAUCAUUUCAUAGAGUCUGUGAAGGAAAAAAACACGUAGAAAAAAUGGUAAGCAAGUUAGGUUAAAAAAAUUGAUUUUCAUCCAACUCAAAUUCAUGUAUUAUGUUAGAGGUUUCAUGAUACUGUAUCUAAACCAAAGUAGAUACUUUUAAGAUUGUUCUAUACAUCAGUUGGGGUCUCAAUAUGAGGUUCUAAACCUAGCAUGAAAGUGCAUUAUUGUGGCUGAUAUAUUAUUGUGGCUAAUAUGGUCAAAAUGAUUGCUUGGGGUAAGUUGAGCCAAAAGUCAAGCAAAUUGAAGUGUUUUCUUUUAAGGUGUAAUGCAAGGCAUUAUCUUUGGGAUAUGAGAUAACAAACGGGCCUGGACUAUGUUAAAGGUGUAAAAAAAAUGACAAAGUUAGGUGUUAAGCCUGUGUUAAAAGAUGCUUAAAAUUAUUAAAAGACAAAAAAGUGAUUGUGGUUGUGUUGAUUGUUUUGGGGAAAUAAAGAUAGGCAUUGUUUUAUAAAGGUAGUGGUCAUAUUUUAUUCAGUACAGAUUUGUAGGUGGCUUAACUUACCCUGCCCUGUGGCUCAACUUACACCAUACCUGUGGUAAAUUGUGCCAAGUGACCACUUUUUUUGGACAAGAUAUGUUCUCAAAACUGAUAUUUACACAAAUUCAGAUUAUUUCUAGGGAUGCAAAACAUCCUGAAAUAUAUGUAGAAAUCUUUGUUAGAAAGGACAGUACACUGCUCAAAAAAAUAAAGGGAACACUAAAAUAACACAUCCUAGAUCUGAAUGAAUGAAAUAUUCUUAUUAAAUACUUUUUUCUUUACAUAGUUGAAUGUGCUGACAACAAAAUCACACAAAAAUUAUCAAUGGAAAUCAAAUUUAUCAACCCAUGGAGGUCUGGAUUUGGAGUCACACUCAAAAAAUAAAGUGGAAAACCCCACUACAGGCUGAUCCAACUUUGAUGUAAUGUCAUUAAAACAAGUCAAAAUGAGGCUCAGUAGUGUGUGUGGCCUCCACGUGCCUGUAUGACCUCCCUACAACGCCUGGGCAUGCUCCUGAUGAGGUAGCGGAUGGUCUCCUGAGGGAUCUCCUCCCAGACCUGGACUAAAGCAUCCGCCAACUCCUGGACAGUCUGUGGUGCAACGUGGCGUUGGUGGAUGGAGCGAGACAUGAUGUCCCAGAUGUGCUCAAUUGGAUUCAGGUCUGGGGAACGGGCGGGCCAGUCCAUAGCAUCAAUGCCUUCCUCUUGCAGGAACUGCUGACACACUCCAGCCACAUGAGAUCUAGCAUUGUCUUGCAUUAGGAGGAACCCAGGGCCAACCGCACCAGCAUAUGGUCUCACAAGGGGUCUGAGGAUCUCAUCUCGGUACCUAAUGGCAGUCAGGCUACCUCUGGCGAGCACAUGGAGGGCUGUGCGGCCCCCCAAAGAAAUGCCACCCCACACCAUGCCACCCCACACCCACCGUGCCACCCCACACCCACCGCCAAACCGGUCAUGCUGGAGGAUGUUGCAGGCAGCAGAACGUUCUCCACGGUGUCUCCAGACUCUGUCACGUCUGUCACAUGUGCCCAGUGUGAACCUGCUUUCAUCUGUGAAGAGCACAGGGCGCCAGUGGCGAAUUUGCCAAUCUUGGUGUUCUCUGGCAAAUGCCAAUGCUGUAAGCAUAACCACCACCUGUGGACGUCGGGCCCUCAUACCACCCUCAUGGAGUCUGUUUCUGACCGUUUGAGCAGACACAUGUAAAUUUGUGGCCUGCUGGCGGUCAUUUUGCAGGGCUCUGGCAGUGCUCCACCUGCUCCUCCUUGCACAAAGGCGGAGGUAGCGGUCCUGCUGCUGGGUUGUUGCCCUCCUACGGCCUCCUCCACGUCUCCUGAUGUACUGGCCUGUCUCCUGGUAGCGCCUCCAUGCUCUGGACACUUCGCUGACAGACACAGCAAACCUUCUUGCCACAGCUCGCAUUGAUGUGCCAUCCUGGAUGAGCUGCACUACCUGAGCCACUUGUGUGGGUUGUAGACUCCGUCUCAUGCUACCACUAGAGUGAAAGCACCGCCAGCAUUCAAAAGUGACCAAAACAUCAGCCAGGAAGCAUAGGAACUGAGAAGUGGUCUGUGGUCACCACCUGCAGAACCACUCCUUUAUUGGGGGUGUCUUGCUAAUUGCCUAUAAUUUCCACCUGUUGUCUAUUCCAUUUGCACAACAGCAUGUGAAAUUUAUUGUCAAUCAGUGUUGCUUCCUAAGUGGACAGUUUGAUUUCACAGAAGUGUGAUUGACUUGGAGUUACAUUGUGUUGUUUAAGUGUUCCCUUUAUUUUUUUGAGCAGUGUACAUUUCCCUUGAGGGAGUGAUGCUGAAUGUAAAAAUUGCUCAACUUACCCCACUCUACCCUACAUUGAAUAUGUCUUCUAACUAAAUCUAUUUUUAAUUGCUGUAUGUCAUAGGUUGUAUGAUGACACAUCGCUCAAGUAGAGUGUAACCUAACAUUUUUGACAGCCAGUGCUAGAAAUAUGUGACUAUUUAAAAUCACUGAAGUGUUCAGUGGCCUCUGUUUAAUGAGGCCCCAGUGUGAAUAGAACAACCGUAAUGCAAUGAGGAAUAACACUGUAAAUUCAUUGAAUGUACCAAGUGUAAUUCACUGUAACUUGGCUGGGAUUUCAUUUCAACAUCCAGAGGGAUUGUUCAUUCGUAUAAACUCUGAAAAGAAAAGAAAACAGAAUGAAUUAUGGUUCCAGGAAGUGUGAUGGAAGUGUUUUUAAAUAAUUUUGUCAGUCCUGUGUCUGGAAUUAUUCAGCACACAUGUCCAGAAAUAAUACUUGCUUUCUCUAUCUAAAAAACUGCCGUGCUGUUUGUCCACCUGUAUCAAUAGUACUGUUGAUGUCACAAGAAAACCUUUAAUCUCCAAAUCAUAACAUUUUCUUGGAUCAACCUUUCAUUUCCCCUUAGAAUAGAGGGAAAUGUGUUCUAAAUUGUUAAGGUUUAUUUUAGCCUAUAGGCAAAGGACUUUGAUAAGCCUUAAAUUCAGAAGGUACAGACAGACCAUUUUGCUUUCACAUUGGAAGCUUUUGUGCCCACUGUUUGAUCCUUAUACCUAAAGCAGGGAAGCAUUGCCUGACAAGAACACACUCUCUGCUAUGAGCUUCCUGAGAGGUUGUGAUAAGUAAUUGGAGUGGUCAGACUUGCUAUUGGAGGCCGCAGAAUUAAUGUUACAUGUCUCACAUGUUAGAUCGCCUCUAACUGAACCUUAAUCCUGGAAUAAUACUUAGCAGCUGGUCAGGAAACAGCUGUGAGCUGUAUAUGACAAAGUCCACAAAACACUACACCAUUGAAGGAGAAAACCAAUCACAGAUGAAUUGACCAUUGUAGUGUUCAAAAUGUUCCUCUGUUGUAAAAACGGUUGAAAAAUAAAUAUAAUUAUCUCUUGUUUGACAGGAGAACACUACUGAAUGUCAGACUGUGGUGCUAUAGUACCUGUUGUGCCUCCAGCAACAUUUAGAGCAGCCAUGAUGGAUAAACCCUAUACUGCUCCUCCACACACCUCCCAUCCCACAAUAGAUGUUCCUUGACGGCCCCAGUCUGCAUCCCCCUCUCCACAGCCCUGUUCCAUCCUGUCUACAUAAUGUCUCGUACAGACUACAAAAAUUGUGCCAUUUCUCAAACGGACUACACAUAUGACCAACUCUGCCCCAUGGAAGUUAAGAACUACAGGAAAAGACCCACGCCUUGUUUGGACGAUGUGGAUGACGGUCACAUAAUCCUGCCUAGUGUCCUGGAGGUGAGGCGGGUUCCUCUGUGGCCAUUGGGCCCCCUGAGGAGUGUCACAAAGGUCAAGGUUAUCAGCUUCCUGCUCGGACUGACAUUGACCUUCCUCAUUAUGGCUUCUUACGUCUUUACCUUGGAUAAAAAGGGUCUGAUGCUGACACUGCCACCGUUCCACCUCAGAACUAUAGUCAACCCCAGCAGCACCAUCUCCCCUAACCUGUCCUCUACCAAGGACUAUGUCAACAUUAAGCUCCUGGUGAAGUGCAUUACAGCUAAGCUUGAGUUCAGCCCAAGGAAGCUGCCUCUUCUGAAGGACGUUGUCAAUAGUGACUCUCAUUUGUUUUCCAUUAUUCCUCGUCAGUUCCUCCCCAAUAUCAAGAGUCCAUGCUGGUAUGAGGAGCUCUCUGGGAAAACCAAAGUGGAUCCUUACAGGAAAAACUUGUAUGCCGUUCGCUCCAAGACCUUCCGGACUGUCUGUGACUACCUGAGGAAUAAUUUCCAGGAACACUUGUCCCACAGCUUCAACGACAAGCAAUACCGCCUGCGCUGUCUGCCAUAUUUCUACAUCAUUGGCCAGCCCAAAUGUGGCACAACGGACCUGUUUCACCGACUGCUGCUACACCCGGAGGUCAAGUUCACCACCAUGAAAGAGCCCCACUGGUGGACAAGGAAAAGGUUUGGUAUCAUCCAUCUUAAAGAUGGCCUCCUGGAGCGCUUCCCUGUGGAGGACUACCUGGACCUUUUUGACCUGGCUGCCUACCACAUCCAGCAGGGAAUACUGGGGAAUACCUCUGGAGAUGACAGCCAGCGACACCUCAUCACAGGUGAAGCAAGCGCAUCCACGAUGUGGGACAACCAAGCCUGGAGCUAUCUCUAUGACAACCGGGUGGAUGGGGAGCCUCCUUUCCUGGCCCAGGACUUCAUCCACACUGUUCAGCCCAACGCUAAAAUCAUCGUCAUGCUCAGAGACCCAGUAGAGAGGUUGUAUUCAGACUACCUGUACUUCAACAUGGCUAACAAGUCAGUGGAGGACUUUGACCAGAGGGUCUCAGAAUCUUUACAGCUGUUUGAGGCUUGUUUAGCAGAGAGCUCCAUGCGUUCCUGUGUCUACAAUACUAGACUCUCCAAUGCCAUGCCGGUCAGACUGAACCUGGGACUAUAUGUUGUCUUCCUGCUGGACUGGUUGACUGUCUUCCACAGGAAUCAAAUCCUAGUGCUGCAGUUAGAAGACUACGCUGCCAAUCUGAGACUCACCAUAAAUAAAGUCUUUGACUUCCUAAACGUGGGGCCUUUAUCUGAGCAGACCGAGGCAGCUCUCACCAAGAGGCCCAUGUCCAACACACGGAGGGCAGCAGACAGGAGCUUGGGCCCCAUGUUGCCCAGCACCAGGGACCUCCUCAGGGUGUUCCACCAGCCAUUCAACCACAAACUGGCCACAGUCCUGGACAACAAGGCCUUCCACUGGACAGAGAUAUGAGGAAUGUCUUAAUCAGAGAUGGAUACAGUCCUGAGGAGUAAGUCCCCCAUGGUCCUAUGAGUCCUAUGAGGUAAACUGUCGAGUGGGAUAAACCAUGGACAUGACAUGUCACAAUGGGCAAAUGUAUAGACAAUAAAUGGCUGAGGUACUGAACAAUGCAUCUGUCUAGUACUUUUUAAAAUAACCUCUAUUUAAUUAGGUAAGUCAGUUAAGAACAAAUGAUUUUUUACAAUGACAGCCUACCCCAGCCAAACUCUAACCCAGACGACGCUGGGGAAUUGUGCGCCGCCCUAUGGGAAUCCCAAUCAUGGACGGUUGUGAUACAGCCUGAAAUCAAACCAGGGUCUGUAGUGACGCCUCUAGCACUAAGAUGCAGUGCCUUAGACCUCUGCGCCACUCGGGAGCCUUACUUGAAGUUGAAAGGAUAUAAUUUUUGUGUGGUUUCCCUCUGUGAUUUCCUUUCGCUUGUCAUUCGUGAUGACGCAUUUGACAGCGGUGCCCUUACAUGUUGGUGAAGAGUUCGCUUUUUGUAGGAGACUCCUGGAAAAUGACUGGGAUAGACUGGUGGACUCCUCCCUCUAGUGGGGAAGCUUUGACAUAACACAUACCGAGAGUGAAAGGAGAGCCUUCACAAUGCUAAUGACUGAUCAUUAUUAUAUACUGUAUGCCCGUGUUUCCCAUCUCCAGUCCUCGAGUACCCCCAACAGCACACAUUUUUGUUGUAGCCCUCAGCAAACUCACCUGAUUCAAAUCAUUGCUGGCUUGAUGAUUAAUGGACAAGUUGAAUUAGGUGGGCUUGUCCAGGGCUACAACAAACGUGCAGUUGGGCGUACUCAAGGACUGGAGUUGAAAACACUGCUGUAUGCCACUGGGCAUUUCAAUUGCAGUCAUUGUGAAAUAAUUCUGUAAGAAACAAUAUUGCUGCAAACAGCACAAUGGAUUUUAUCAGAUGACGUUGCCUUCAAGUUAUGGAAGGUGAUGCCAAAGAAACAUUUCCAUCCUGGAUGGACAAUAAAGUUUUAUUCUAUUCUAUUAAUCUUUAAAAACAAACAUGAAACACCCUGUUUCUGCGGCCAUACAAUGUUCAUUUGAACUACAUUAAAUGUAUUAAAUGUUGAAGACGUAAACAAAUGGUCAUAAACUGCUUUUUUCAUAUGAAAUUUGUUUUUGAGCAUAGAAGCGCGCCAUUAUAUACUGCCCUAGACACACAUUGGUACACGUCCUCACACCAGAGGGCAGCAGAACCACAGAGACUCAAAAUGGAAUCUAUCAUUUCCCAACAUCAUGUAAACCUAUCUUCUUACCAAA